ACACUGCGCCAUUACAUUGUCGCUCGUGAUCGUUGGGACGGCGUAACGCGGAAGUUGUUUGUUGCCUCGAACGAUUUUAAGCUUUGUUUUUUUCGUUUUGUGUGCGUUAAUUAUCAAACUAUGGUAGAAGCGUGAUCCGUGGAGGUGUGAUGUUGAAGAUACAUGGUUGUUACCAAUAUUUCUGUUAAAGGAAGAAGGAGGGGCUGGAGCUCAGAGGUAAAGGGUAAAGAUCAAGCUCAAUGAUCCGUGCAAGUCAUCUUCACUGAUGUUCCCCGAGGUAGAGAGGGGAUUUUCCCUUGAUGGAUUUAUUAGAAGAUUGAUUAAGCUCCUCAACUUUUGGCAAACUCGUGACACAAAAAGUCGCAUAUGUCAUAUGUGCUCGUUCACAACUGGCAGAAUGAUCAAAAGUCAAGAAGAUGAAUUCAUUACUGUGAGAGUUCAGGAUCCUCGUGUGAUGAAUGAGGGAUCAUGGAACUCGUAUGUGGACUUCAAGAUUUUUCUUUAUACCAACAGCAAGGCUUUCACAGCUAAAACCUCCUGUGUGCGUCGGCGAUAUAGUGAGUUUGUGUGGCUGAAGCAGAAACUGCAGAAGAAUGCUGGUCUGGUACCUGUUCCUGACCUGCCUGGAAAGUCUUUCAUCCACUUUAACAACACAGACUUCAUUGAAAAGAGGAGAAAGGGUUUACAGAGCUUCCUGGACAAAGUAGUGCACAUGACCGUGUGCCUGUCCGACAGCCAGCUCCAUCUGUUUCUGCAGACUCAGCUUCCUGUUAGUCACAUUCAAGACUGCGUAAAUGGUCACACUCCUUACAGCGUGACUGACGCCAUUCUAACUUACGCCUCGUCUAAUCGCGGCUGGGCUCAGGAGGAAGGUGGCGGGCCACUGGAGACAUGCCCAACACCAAUUUCUUAUGAAUCAAUUGAGAGCCCCUCUCCAAAUGUUCCCCCUUUACAACAUGAAGAAGGAGCUGUAGAUGAGCCUGACCUAAACUCUGUUGACUUAAGAUUGCAAGAAGACGACGCAACUAUACAUAAUCGUAGAGAUGGCCAAGAAGGAAGAGUACAGGACGGGGAGAGUUGUGAACGCCUGGAGGUGGACGUCCAUCAGCAGGUUCCUAUUUUGGACAUCCAAAACACUAAAGAAGGAAGUGGUAUCAGUAUACUAGAUGAGCAAAAACAAAUACAUGACAACACCAAGGACAGCAAUGCAAAUGGAGUUGAAUAUGUGGUCUCGCAGGCACCCACUGAAGCAGAUAAGUCUCAGCUAAACCAUGUAGCUAAUAAUAACAAAUUGGUCAACUUUUUUUUCUAACUUUAUUCGCUAUUCUGAGAAGCAUGUUAAAGUUUAAAGAAAGUUUAUACAACGAUUUAAACUGAACCUAAUACAGCUUUUCUACGAAUACACUACAUUACAAUUAUUUCCUAUUUUGGUUCCAUAUUAGACCCAAACUCUUUCUCAGACAACUGCUUGUAUGUGGGUAAAGCUGAACACAGUUUCAAGUGAGCUCAUCAGUCAUUAGUAUCUAGUAAAGAGAACCAAGAUCAAGUCGGGACAAAUUACCUGACUAGUGGAAGUCACUGAGUCACCAGUGGUGAACAAAGUAUGUUGUCUAAUCAUAAAGAUUCUGCUUAGUUGAAUAGACACAAUGUGGACUUUUUUUUUGCAUUCAUGUUUACAUUUACAAACGAGGUAGAAUACAACCUAUGCAUACAGCUGAGAUGUUGAUGGUUAGGGGCCUUGUUCAAGACUUUCUGGCAGUCCUGAAAGAGUGCAUAAAAGAAGCUAAAGUAAUUUAAAACAUAAUUAAUGUUAAGUGUACAGUGAAGGGUGCAGUGUUUGAGCCUGUGUUAAUGGUAAAUCAGCAAAUCAUAAAAAUAGAACGUUCUGAAGAGACAUUCGAGCUGAAUUCAUGUGCCCCAGACACAAAGAAACACAAAUCUUUGGACACCCUUAAACUAGUAAGAGGAAAGAUAACCAGGUGACAUUGAAACAUAUAACAGUGAGUAAACAAAUAUCAAGGGGCAAAAUUAAAACCUGCUUCAUAGUGUCCCGGCUUCCAGAGACUUCAGUAAUGUUUUUUUUUCUUUUGUUUGAUUUCCUACUCAGCUGUAAACUCCUGGAAUUUGGAAUCUAGUCUUAAGAUGUUUCACUCUUUCAGUGAGUGUACAAAGCAAGAUGGGUGACUGACCUUUCAUUGAAAUUGAUGUGCAUUGAUUUUAAUAGUUGAGAGUUCAUCUGAUGAUAUCCCAUCUCACUCAUUAAUGUAGAUGAAGGAAGAGAAUGCUUUUUGGGUAUUGGGGCAUGUGCAGUCUUUGGAACAGAUUCUCCUCAGUGUUCCCUAUACAGGAGGUCCAGGUGGAGUGAAAUUAACACAAUAACUAUUAGCACCCAUUGUUAAAUAAAUAAAGGCAAUAGUUUUGCAUUUUAAAGUCAGUGGCAUCCUUAUAGUUUACCUCUUCCUGUAAAGUAUUUCCUCCUACCUCUCAAAAACAUGUCGUUAUGUGAAUUUGUGACUCUAAAUUACCCCUAGAUAUGAAUAAGUAUCCAAAUGUGUCUGUGCAUUGUGCCCAGGGUGUUUUCCUGCCACAUGCUCAGAGUAUUUUCUGAGAUUCACUGACACCCUGAAUAAGAUAAAACAUUUAUUCCACAGCUUAGUUUCAGCAUGGCAGAGGCAAACAAGUUUUGGGCUAAAACAUCCUUCAGAAACAAUGAUCAUCAUGAGUACAGCUGCAAGUUAUCACUUUCCAGUGCACCAUCAUAUUUCAUAGUGGAUAUGUUUUUUUAUUUUCUUUCAUGUAUACAGACCCCGUUUGUUGCCAAACAUACCAAGGAUGAUUUUGAUUUUUUAUGAAAAUAACCAAACAAUUCAGUUGUCCCACUACUUUUGUGAUUUGUGCUUGGUUAUCUCUAUUCACCCUUUCUAAGUUUAAUGGUGACUAUCACCUGAUUUUGAAAAUUGAGAACCCUUAAAAUGGAAUAUUUGAUUCUUACUUUGUCUAAAUCACCGUCUUCAAUAUGCACUGGGGCAAGAAGCACAAACUUUCUUCUUUGAGCAUGUAUGCAACUGUUCCAGUAAUUGUAGCUGUAAUUAGUUGAUAUUUCAUUUUGUUUACAUAUGUUUUUAUACCAGUUACCUGAUUGGUGUAGGUCAGUGUCUCAUUUCAGCUGAAAGCUGUUUGGUUUUCCAGGCAGAUGACAAAGUACAGUAUAUUUCAACUGGUGAAAACCACAAUACAGAUACCUAAAGGUUGGAAGAUUGUAAAAAGCUAAGAAUUUCAUAGGGAAUGUGAAGUAAAAUAUUUCGUAUACUGCAUGCUUUGCUUUUAUUCUAUGAUGCUAGUUACAUCCUGUUAUAAAUAGUCUAGCUAUGGUGCUAGACAGUGCAUUAUGUGUAUUCCAUAUCUGAGUUAUUGGAUUUCUUGACUGCACAGGAUAUUUCUUCACAAUACUUUCAGACAUGGCUUAAAAAGUGGAAAAUCUUCAAAAUAGUGCCAUAUGUUGUUAAUAAGGUGUGGCUAGAAAAUAAUUUCAGUGCUUAUAAAUCCAGUGAUCCAUAUGAAGCUGUUUGAAGUAGUGUGUCUUGAGUGGGACGGUCUGCCAUUAAUAAACCUCCAUCCAACAGAAUGUCCAAUCAUUGAUGAAAGGGGAAAGAAAUUGCACAGAUGGAGACACUCCAUUAGUUGUCAUUCCAGUAUAAAAUUAUUUAAUGAUCCAUAAGAUCGUGUACAUUUUAGUUUUUGGAGGUCCUGUAAGGCAGAGUACAACCUUCCGGAGUGCUUCAACAAAACACAAGAUGCUAUAGAUACUCUGGGAGGCAAACAUUAGGAAGACAAAUGUUAGACAGUGGAGGCAUGAAAGCAUAUUGUCUGUCUUGAUAAAUCUUAGUUGCUGCUGUUGGGACUUCAAGGUCAUAGAGUAAAGCAGGAGUCCAUGUGCCCUUCAUACUUCAUGCUCAUAUUAACGGACACUUGGAAUGAAUAAUGAAUUCAGAUUAAUUAAGGCUGUCUUGUCGAUGCAAUACAAUAGUAAUGUGCCCCUAAUGUUUUGUACAAGUAGGACAUUGGCUUCUUAGGAUAUAACAACUUUCCUCUCUCUCUUGUUGUUGUACACUGUUUACUUCACUGAUGCUUGUUAUAUAAUAUUGAGGCCAGAGGAACAAUCUAUUACAGGAGAUCUGUUCCUCUGGCUGAGUUGAAUGUUGCACAAAGCAGAACCACAUCAAUAUGACGACGGGGGGGGGAUACACGAACAAAGUAUUCACUGGUACUUGAUGAUGCUGUAUGCCCAGUGUUGGCUCAAAUUUAUCAAUAACAAAUGAAUAACAAAUACAAAACAAAAAUAAACCAACCAAUGUGCAAUCAUGAUGUAAAUAUGGAUUCAACAUAGCUUUUUAUUUUUUCAUAUUGUUACACUAAAGCUAUGGGAAUAUUUUUUGUUUGUUUGUUUUCCAGUGGUUUACAAAAGGCUGCUUAUACUGUUCUAGGGAAAGGGAAAGCACUGUAACAGAUAAGUGAUUAAUAGCAAAGGGUACUGUUUUGUUUGAACUAUUUCUGAGCAUAACUGUGACUACUAUUCUGUUUGAAAAUUUUACUGCAUUUGACAUUGUUUCUCUGUUUUAAUUGUGUGGACUACACAGUAGUACACUUAGUUUAAGAGUAAAUUAAAUUACGCUAGAUACAA